AUGAUCCUACCACUGUCAUGCCUCUCCUCACCCAGUUUGCUCAGGAGGAUCUUAAGCGAUCUUCAGCGAAAGCAGCAUCAAACAAUUGCUGCUCCGUUUUAUGAGCCUGUUGUCAUCAAGAAGCCCAUGGACAUGUCUACCAUCGCAAUGAUCCUACCACCGUCAUGCCUCUCCUCACCCAGUUUGCUCGCAGGGAGGAUCUUAAGUGAUCUUCAGCGAAAGCAGCAUCAAACAAUUGCUGCUCCGUUUUAUGAGCCUGUUGAUGCUGUAAAGCUUGAUAUUCCGACAUAUUAUAAAGUCAUCAAGAAGCCUGUGGACAUGUCUACCACAUUGCCUCUCCUCACCCAGUUUGCUCAGAAAAUUGCCGAUACGAAGUGCAUAAAAGGUCUUCUUUCACUAUCGUUUGGCAUUGGAUUGUUAGGAUUUAUGCGCACUCACCUCAUGACGGAGAGCACCGCCAGAGGCAACAUUUUUUAUUGA